GGGACGAGCAGGGAAAGAGAAUAACCGUUGCCAUCAUCUUCUCGACGAUGCACUAUACGGCGCCAAUCAUCAUUUUGCCUUGAACCUAAAAAGUUGGUCUUUUUUUUUAGAACUCACACACUAUUUCACGAACGCCUUUUUCAAGCCUAUCAAGAAAGAAGCUCAAGGCAAUUUUCGCAAAUUUUUCUAAGGCGAUACGGGAAGAAUACAGCCUAUAUCUAGUACUGCGCGAGCGGGUAGAUGAUUUUGGUUCGUAUGCCCACUAUCGCAUGAUCUAAGGCACCAGCAGCACUUCACUUUAGAAGGGAUACAUAGAAAUUUCAACUUUUCAUCUUGCGCGCGCUGCUUAAUGGCUGCGUAGGUGAUAUCAGUAUAGCUACCAAGUAGAAAAUCAGUUUUAUUUCCUAGUUGAUAGAUUUAUUUGCGCCGUCGAUAUUCUCCGUUGAGAAGAAAAAGUGUAGGUGAAUAGGCUAUUUCGUGGAAUAGGAGGUCUACUACUAGCAGGCGUUUUUUGAAGAUUACGCCCAAUAUCUGAAAGUUCACCGUUCUCACCAACACCCAACUUUUCGAGACAAAAGCACUGAACGACUUCAUCGUUGUCUCCAAAUUCCCUAUCUCAACAUUUGGAACGAAGAAGAAGGCACUACGAACAUCUGCGCUGGCGUCGAAUUGUCCGAGUUUUUAGACACGGAGCUUUUCUUUCCUGGUCCCUCAGCAAUUUUACUCAUUCCCGACUGCCUGGUGCGUGCACCCGGUUGGAAUUAUCUCGAUUUCUUCCGGGCUUUGAGUUUGUGUUGCGAAAACACAACGUUAAAAGCACAAACCUGAUCGCAGCUGCCCUCCUGUCCUGCUUCGGAGUCGCACGGCACCGGAGAACUAUUAAAGCGUGGGAGAACAAGCUACAAGGAAGUGUGGAUCCAUCUGAUGAAAACAAAUUCCACCCACAAAGACGAACGACACGAAGAACAAAACCGCUAAAAAUUUAUACAGAAAACGAACGACCACAAGCAAGAAUUAGAUCGAAGAGCCUAAGGCGCUCUUUUCGAUAGUUAGAGCUUCCUGCUCCUGCUGCUGCCGCUUCUUGGGGCCGCAAGCAGACGAGACCAGAGCCGGUAAUUCUGGUGUGCAACGGUUCGCUGCCGAGAGUAAGGGGUCGCGUGCUUAAAUAAGUGCCUCGACGAGUGCUUUGGGUCGAGUACGGCUGCAAGCAACCACUCAAUUUUCUCCGUCGAACCACAAUUGUAGGAUGUCCAUCAUCAACGACAUCUACGGCCUUUUUCAUCCUGGUAUUUUUUGCUAUAUUUUUUUUGGGAACUACACUAGCUUCUAACUGCCGAGGACGUUGGACAGUGAACCUCUUGAUGAAUUAUAUACCACAGUAUCGUAGAAAUUUUUACUAUUCGAACCGGAAAUUAAAUAACUUCUGCGCAAAUUGAUCGGAUGAAAAACACACUUUGUUUCAGGCGCGCCCGGCACCACCUGGGUCGACCGGGUCCACGCGUUUGGGGAAAACUGGGUCUGUGGCAUGAUCCGCCCGAAAAAGAAGCGCAACCCGGGGGAAAUCGAUCCGGAGGCGCCGGUGGUGAUCAAUUUGCACGAUGCCAUUCCCACCGGGCAGUACCCGCUAAGCAACUCGAAGAAGAUUAAACUCUGGGUUGCCCAGGAUCCCGAGCGCCACGUUUACAUCGGCCGACCCUCCAUUUGGGGAAACCCCUUCCGCAUUGGGGACCACGGGGACAGCCGUAUUUAAUUUUCACCAGACAAUUUCUUUUGCCCCUGCUGCUGGUUUUCAACAUGUCGAUUCAAAUAGCACAGCAGCUUUUCAUCUCGGUCCUCCUUCACGGCUUGUCGACCUCCAACUACUUGCUGAUCGAGAUUUGUUUGCGAUGACACGACCUUCUGGACACGCCAAGAGCUUCCGAAGCAGCUUAAAUGUGUUUCAACUGAAGCUACGCUACUUUUCUUUUGGUUUUGAUGCAGACUUUGUAUUUGCAAGAAAAACUAUGAAAAUGAAAACAGGUGAAACAGUGGUCCGGAAGUACCGCGAGUACCUGGUGAACGACCAUCCAGAAGUCUUGGUUCAUUUAGGAGACCUUCGCGGAAAAAUUCUGGGCUGCUGGUACUGAGCUAUGGCGUUUCAGUGUCCGAAAACUGCAUCAGGAAAGCUCGUUUUCAUGCAUGGAAUGAUUGUGUUUGUGCAACCAAGUGAAGUGCAAAAAUAUGGUCAUGCAUGAAUUCUUAUUUAAACUUCUACCAGGUGCCAUCCGCAUCCGUGCCACGGGCAUGUGCUUCAGAAUCUCUACCGCGAUCGCGACGAUGCGCGGUUUUGCAGGGCUUGCACUGACCAGCCAAGGUGUUAG